AUUCAAAUCCUAGUAUGGAGCUGAGCGAUGACCAUCGGACUUGGUCUCAGGUUCAAGGAAUUUCACAUUUAAAUUUGAAAGUAUGGGGAAAGAGAUCAUGAGCCAUCUACCUGUCUUGGGAUGGAGACUAGCUCUUAAAUGUUGUGGUUUGAUUUUUUUUCUGCUGCUUGAAUAUUUUGUUCAUGGGGGACUUGGAUUUGUGGGCCCGUGAUUGUUAUGCCCCUCCUCGAGUUCUGCUAAAUUUUUUUUUUUUUUUUUUCAAUUCUGUUUCUUUCGAGGAACCAAAAACCUUACCGAAGUGCUCGUGAAUAAAUAGAUUCCUAUUUCCUAGAACUGGUAACUAUAAUUUGAUUUUUUCAGGGAAGAAAUCGGACUAAGCUUGAAAGUAGAAAUAGUUUUUCGACUAUGAAAGAGCAUUUUUCCGCGGCGAAGCCCUUUGUUUGCUAUGAAAUAAUGCACUUCACCUGCUAGCUGGCCGGCAAGGUAGUGUGGCGCCAUUGCGUGCGUCUGUGCGAUCCGUUACCCAAAACUUUAUUUGCAGACUUUGAAUCUUUUAGAUAUUGGGAUUUGAUGCCUUCUUUUUGUCUUUGUGGAAGCACCCAUUUGAGGAAUUUGGUUUGCUGAAAUCCUGCGUACUGUGAAUAUGAUGUUUUGCUGGGGUUUGUGAUUGACCAUUGUAGCAACCCAGGAGAGUUUCUGCAACCGCCUUCAUUUUUUCUUUGGGGACUUUGUUGGGUCUCACCUGUCAUUUGUGGGUUUAUUGGGUUUAUUAGGGUUUCUGUUGGCACGACCUUUGCCCUGGUAUGAUUGCUUAGACCUUCAUGUUGCUUCAUAUCGAAGAAACCGGCCAUGGAUAAUGAGUAAGUUAUUGCAUUCAUUGUUCAUGGUGGCACGGUUCUGGUUUGUCUCUUCAGAAAGCAACACAAUAAAGGGUAUCUACUUCCUUCUUCCAGGAAUUUAUUGAUGUGUUAAACUUAUGCCACUGCCCUUUAUGCUCUGAGCGAAUUUACUUUCCAGUCUCUGAACGAGUCAUCUUCUUUUUAUGCAUUAUAAAUUGCACUAAUGCUAGCUUGAAUAGAUAGUCGAGCUCAAGUUAGCGGAAGCUAACCGGCCGUAGGUCUAGAUUAUCUUGUAACCUCAUUGGAUUCCUCCUCUGCCUAUGUAUGCUGGGGUUUCUGCAAGUGGGAAGUUUCUUCUUUCGCUUUAAUCUCCUCUUGGCUCUAUAAAGCUGCCAAAGGUACUUGUUCCUUGUUGAGCCUAGCAAGAAAUCAGAUCACCAGCCAGUUUAGUCAAACCCUCUUUGCAUAGUUACGAAACUUUUUUUUUUCCCUUAUUAUAAUUAAAUUGAAGAGUGAUAACUAUCAGUUUGCCCUAUAUUUGCUGCUGCUGGUGAGUGUGAAAUAGAGGAUUCUGUUUAUUGGAUAGGCCAAGGACUUUCUCAUCUGCUUCCGUAGUUCAUUGAAAAUGGGCACCAAUGGUGGUGGUCAUUCAGGCUUUGAACAUGGAUGUGGGAGCCUCUUGGGUUGCCCAUCUUCAGAGAUUUUCCCGACUUUGGUGUCUGAUAAGGUUCCUGAAAUGACCAUAAAUUCUGAGUCCUUGUCAAAAACUUGGAAUGGGCUAGGUUCAUUAUUCAGUGGCAGCCAGAAUCCACUUGUUUCAAUGGCGCAGAAUGUGGAAUUUAAAGGCUCUCCAUUAGGUUCUCGAGAUCAGAUUGAUGGUUGUUCUUAUGCCCUCAACCUUGUUCAUUAUCCAUCGGAUCCCAGUAUCGCAUUGCCUAGCCUUGCCUGCCAUAGCAUUGAAAAAUCAAGAGCUUCAGAAAAUAGCUCUGAUAAUUAUCUGCAUAGUCAGAAAGAGUUCCCCAUUUCAGGUGAUGGUGGCAUGGAAUGUCCCCAUUAUGUAAAGAAAAGGAAAAGAGUGCCCACUAACCACUCUCAAUUAGUUCAGUUAAAGAAUAUAGAUGCACAGCAGCAAGGAGAUGCGUGUCCAGAGGCGCAGGAUGAGGGGAAACGGAAAACUGAACAGAGACCGGUUGUCAAUGUGCAGGGUAGACUUACGGGUAAAGAAGUUGAAAAAUGUUCCUGGAAUGGGGAAGCUCCAAAAGAAGAUUUCAUUCAUGUAAGAGCAAAACGAGGCCAGGCAACCAAUAGUCACAGCAUUGCAGAAAGAGUGAGAAGAGAAAAGAUUAGUGAACGAAUGAAAUUUCUUCAAGAACUUGUUCCAGGUUGCAAUAAGAUUACUGGGAAGGCCGUGAUGCUUGAUGAGAUUAUCAACUAUGUGCAAUCCUUGCAACGGCAGAUUGAGUUUCUGUCUAUGAAACUCGCCAUGGUCUACCCUGAAAUGUGCAUUGAUAUAGAACGAGUUCUAUCAAAAGAUUCCUUUUGGACUAUAUGUUACAUCCUUCAUAUGCAGAUUCAUCAUUCACGAGGCUGCAGUGCAGCUAUCCCAGGGCUUGAUUCAGGAAUGACCUCCACUUGUUCCAUCCCACAAGUAACUUUUCAGGGAGCUCUGCCAGUUAACCAGAGUUCAGAUCCUCAGUCAACUGCCAUGCCUAUGAUGCCGAGCAUAUGGGAAGAUGAGGUCCAUGGUAUCUGCCAAAUGAGCUUUAUCCCUAACUGACCAUGACGUGCAUUCAAAAGCUCAAAUGUGGAGUUGCAUGAAGCAAGAGCUGUAAUCUUGGAUAGAUCAAGGGAAUAUCCUAUCUAACGGAUGAAGCUUUUCUUAAUUGACUGCAGAUUAAACAAAAAUAUUCAUUAAUCACCGAAAAGAGAGAAAGAUGAGGAAAAGGAUUCUUACAGUCGCAAUGCUGCAGAGCUCUCGUGAGCCUUUGUACUUCAAAGUUUGGGAGGUUAAUUGUUGAAUGCGAAUAUGUUAGUCCAGCAGAGCAUGGGCAGCGACUGACUGGGAAAGAUUACCAUGAUGUUUUAGAGCAGCUAGCUUUUUUUGAAGCUUUGUUGUCCCAUUUUUUAUUUUUUAUUUUUAUUUUUUCUAGGCACCAAGAUCAAAUUACGGUGAUGGGGUUCUCUUUUUUUCAUUCUUUAUUGCAGAAAGUUGGAACGUGGAAUCUGGUUAUGUAAGCCUUAUGAUUAUAUUUGUUCUUAAACAAGUAGAUGGUUUCUGAUAAUUAAAUUAAAUUUAUAGUGGAAGGAUAAUCUGAUCUUGAAUA